CUAGCGACCAUUUACCGCAGCUGCAGCCUCCUGACUGCUCGUCUUAUCAACAGGAACGCCAUCUUUAGCCGCUGUGAACUGAAGCCAAGUGUUCAGGUAGAGCCAAGGAGCGAAAGUAGGUCAGGCGCCGCGAAAAACUAAGAUUUUUUCAGUCACCUCACUUCGAGAGUCAGCGUUUGUCCAUCUCCCGUUGCUGUCAUUGGCCCAAUGUGUUUGAUCGGCCGGACAGUUCGAGCACAGUUUUCUUCUUGUGUCGGUCCAGGUUGACGUGGAGUGACCCGCCUUUUUAUCAAACAGCCGGCGGAGGACAAAACCAGGUGAGAGGGAUGAAGCGAGGCCUCCAAGACAAUGAGCCGGAGGAUGGCGGUGGCCCCAGCGGCGAAUGCGAGAGGACUCUUAAGCGGCUGUGUGAUCCGAUGAGCCAGGGAGACUUGGAGGGGAUCAGCUGGGAGAAUUUGCCACAGGAGAUUCUGCUUCACAUUUUCCAGUAUCUGCCUCUUCUGGACAGGGCUUUCGCUUCCCAGGUGUGUCGACGUUGGAAUCUGACCUUCCACAUGCCAGAGCUGUGGCGCUGCUUUGAGUUUGAGUUGAACCAACCAGCCAGCUCCUACCUGAAGGCAACACACCCAGACCUCAUCAAACAGAUAAUCAAAAAGCACUCCAACCACCUGCAGUACGUCAGCUUCAAGGUGGACAGCAGCAGGGAGUCUGCAGAGGCGGCAUGCGACAUCCUUUCUCAGCUUGUGAACUGCUCUUUGAAAACUUUGGGGCUCAUCUCCACAGCCAGGCCCAGCUUCAUGGAGAUGCCUCGGUCUCACUUCAUCUCAGCGCUGACGGUGGUUUUCAUCAACUCCAAAUCCCUGUCGUCUUUGAGGAUCGAUGACACGCCUGUAGAUGACCCCUCUCUCAAAGUCCUGGUGGCCAACAACAGUGACACACUGAAGCUGCUGAAGAUGAGCAGCUGCCCUCACGUGUCACCUGCAGGGAUCCUGUGUGUGGCCGACCAGUGCCAUGGCCUGAGGGAGCUGGCCCUCAAUUACCACUUGCUAAGCGACGAACUUCUCAUCGCGCUGUCCUCCGAGAAGCACGUUCACCUUGAGCACCUUCGCAUUGAUGUGGUCAGCGAGAAUCCAGGACAGCAGUUUCACACCAUCAAGAGAAGCAGCUGGGACGCCAUGGUACUCCACUCUCCCAAGUUUAAUCUAGUCAUGUACUUUUUCCUUUACGAGGAAGAGUUCAGCCCUUUCUUCCAAGAUGAGAUCCCGGUCACGCAUUUGUACUUUGGCCGCUCGGUCAGCAAAGACGUGCUGGGACGGGUUGGCCUCACCUGCCCGCGUCUGGUUGAGCUGGUGGUUUGUGCAAAUGGGCUGCGGCCGCUGGAUGAGGAGCUCAUCCGCAUCGCCCAGCGAUGCACGCAGCUGUCCGCCAUUGGUCUGGGGGAGUGCGAGGUUUCUUGCAGCGCCUUUGUGGAAUUUGUCAAGAUGUGUGGCGACAGACUUAAACAGCUGUCAAUCAUGGAGGAAGUGCUGGUUCCAGACAGCAGAUAUGAGCUGGAUGACAUCCACUGGGAGGUGUCUAAACAUUUGGGCCGUGUCUGGUUUCCAGACAUGAUGCCAACCUGGUAGAGCUCUAAAAAAUGUUAGUUAGGGGUGCAUCGGUCAGUCGACCAAUGAAUCAGGCCAGAUUUCCUUCAUUUUGGGUGACUGACAAUCAGCUGAUACUUGGAUGUGAAAUCAGUCUUCUCCAUCUCAGCCUCCACAAAGGCUUGAAAGUCCUUCCUGCUAAAAUAUAAGGGAAGGCAGACUGACGGCUGACAGAACCGCCCACUAGGUUAUACGCUUGCAUGUGUGUGUGCGUGCUUCUGCAGUUUCAAUCGGUGAUUCAACCAGUUUGGCAGUUUUUGAAUCCUGACUUGCAAUUCAUGUAAGGUAGAAAAAAAAGUGCUUAUGGCCUGUUAGAAAAAAAAAAAAAAAAAAAAAAAAAGAUCAGUAUUUGCAGAAUCUAGGAUCGGCAGGUUAGGCUUUUUGAAGAUCAGUUAUCGCCUAGAAAACUACAAUCGGUGCACCCCUGACUUUAGCGUGCAAGUUCGUGUGCUUAACCCUUUUUUUUUUAAAUAAAAAAUGGUGCAUACACCAUUACAUGAAGAAAAAACUCUGGGAUAUAAUCUUAAAUAAUCUGUUUUUAAAAUCAUGUAUAAAUAGUAACUUCUGUGGUCUGUGUUCAUAAUUUAUGUAUGCUAUUCUAUUUUUGCUUUAUUAGAUUCCGCUUGUUUUUAUUUGGGACAUCUUGCACCUUAUCCUCCUCAGCCCUGCAAAGAGGAGCUAUGUAGUGUUGAAGGGCAGAAGAAACUAUGGAUAUUUGGUAAAGACACAUCAUGAUUUGUAUCUAGCAUCUGAGAUUUAUUUGCGUUUGGAUUGUGGGAACAGCAUUUCCUAAAUGAAGAGGCCAAACCUGACCGUCGACUCAUUAGGACAUAAAAAAGGACAAACUCAAGAAUUAUCCGCUAUUCAAAUAUUAAUCCACUUUUGGAAUUAAGUCUUGUGUGAGUCGGAUAAUCGUAUUGUAAUGAUUUAGAGCAGUGAAGGAGUCAGAAUGAACCCUGCUGUGCGUUUGUUAACUCCUGAUUUCAAUGCUUGUGAAUGUUUGGAUUUGUUUCUACAGAUAAUCAUUUCAUUAUGAAGGGACAGCUUUCACACAAAGCUGCCGUUUCAGUGUGUGUGUGUGCGUGUGUGUGUAUGUGUGUGAUCAUGUGACGGCGGUCAAGUAGAGUGGAAGUCUUAGUUCAGUUGGUAUGUAAUAGACCUCCACCAUGGUUUCCCUAAAGCACUACUUCACUCUUUUGAAUGUAUUUGGUGUUAUUGUCUUUGUAAAUAUCUGUCUGUUAUGAUUGAAAUUUUAUUUUGAAAAGCAUCGUUUUCUGCCUGACCUGAAUUGCUGUGCUUAUUGCAAACAAAGUAUAAGAGAAAUUUUAACAACAUAUUUAAAUUAAAUAUAUUAAAUAGUCAGAUACUUUUUGUAGCACUUUUAUUCCAUUAAGGUCCUAAUAAAGCAAUACCUGUCAGGAUGUACAGUUAAUGGAUAGUAUCUCUAUUUUAGCAAUGACCUGUACUAAGAGAUGACUUGUUUUUAAGAAUGUUGUUUUUGGAAAUAUGUGGUGUAUUAGGAUGGUGUGAUUGAUACUGUGGUCUACUUGGACAACACAGAUGUUCAUCAUGUUAAAUCAUGCAGGAGCUUUUUUCCCCCCAACUCACAAGGCUUACAAUUCAGCCUCUGUAUUCAGAAAAAAAAUAUACAUUCACAAGUCUGGGGGGGUCAAAAUCAGUUAAAUUGACAAAGUUGUGGUCUAAUUUGAGUGUUUUUUUCUAAGAUAUGUAAGGGUAUACGGUACAUGUUUAGAGAGGCAGCUCUUUCAAUGCAAGAAAAAUGUGAUUUUAAAUGAAUCUAAUCUGUAGCCCAGAUGCAGAGGAUGCCAUAUUUUGCUCUUGUAAGUCUAACAUCAAACCAUAAAUGGUGUACUGAUAUGUUGAAGUUAAGUUGGGGGAGAAAAAUUAAAACUUUGAGGUCUAUGUUUUUGAGCUUUCUUUUCAUCAUUUAGCACCUUGGGACUAAUCUGUACAAGUCAUGUAGAUGCAUCAGAUUAAAUUAUACAUUUUUUGUUUUUAUAUUUACUGCUAAUGUAAAUAAAAAAAUUAAUGUUAAAACUAA